ACACAGUUAAAGCGCAUGCGUAUCAGUAUCGCUGUCACUACUAUUAUAGGACUAGUUAAAUGUCGCGUAGCAUUUAAAUCUAUUUUAAAAUAAAUUAAUUACACGGCUUCAAUGCAUUAACAUCUUUGGGACUGGAAUGUAUUAGCAUUAUCGGAACAGCACGAAAUCCGUAGCAGAUUUUCAGUGUCGCUCCUCUUCUCUUGGUUCUGCAGAGACAUGUUUACAUCCCAGACCUCUUCCUUCCAGGAGUCCAUCGACGUGGAUGAGAGGGAUGCUGACUUCGACAACGAAGAGAUCGCGGGAUACAGCCAAAACAUACAGCAGAUCAACAGCUACUAUGCCAUAUACUACUACCAGAACACAAGAUCUGAGGCUUCUGGAGACAGCGUGGCCUGGAGCCAGAGGAGGUCAGACUCAACCACAAGUCAGGAAGACUUUAGUCUGACGCUGCUGGACGCCAGCUUGCCCCCCGAGGCCGAGCCGGAGCUACGAAGCUACAUCUCCCGCAGACUGAGCAAGGGCGCUUUGCUCGGGGGCAUGGGGAACAUUGCCACUGUGGAGCUAAGCCUCCCUGAGCAAGCGGUGGGCUGUUACUGCUGUCUGCUGGAGCAGGAGAAAUCUCCAGAACAGCCUGAGGCCGACAGCAACGGCUGGGUGGUGUGUCUUCUCGGAGGAUCAGAGAAGGGCCUGAAUCAGUUCAGAAUUGAGCUGGACAAGUACGUCCAGGGUCUGCAGGGCUGUCUGACUCCAGAGAUGCAGAAUUUGGAGAAAGAAGUCAGUCCCUACCUGAACCGCUGGUAUGAAGAGUCAGUGAUGCACAUUCACAGAGUGGUUCAGCUGCUGCAGGGGAACGUCGGGUACCUUCUGCAUGCUGCUUUGAGUCACAAACUCGUCGAGGUCACAGGGACGGAUGAGAAGACAAAAGCAGACGUAGCAAGAUUUAUCAAAGCAGCAAGCCUGCAGGGUCUAGUUCAGGAAGACACCACCGCAGCCUCCCUCUGUAAGGCCAUCUCAGAGGACUCUCACACCACCCUGAUCAUCGACUGCUUCACCAGCCCACCUACACUCACCAACCAAGUCAGUAACCGGUUCUGCGAUGACUGGAUCCAGGCCUUCCUCAAUGCUGCUGAGCGCUUUAACCCUUUUCUUCUCCGCCAAAUCCUGGAGAACUUUAAACUUAAGGCCAUCCAGGACAUGAACAACCUGAAGCGCUUCAUCCGUCAGGCUGAAAUGAGCCACUACGCUCUGUUCCGCUGCUGUCUGUUCCUGCAGAGCUGUGGAAACGGAGACGUGCUGCUGCAGAACGCACGGGCCGAGCACAGCAGCCUUCCUGAGGCCUGUGGCAUCAUAACUGUGCUGGAGGAGUUCCUCGGGGAGCACACUCAGGGCACGCUGCACUGACACGCACCUGUCUGAGAGCACUCUGGAGGAGGCUGCCCAGAAUUACUAUUGAACACCCAUAAUCAUAACAGUGUGGUUUGCAUUCUGAGCAACUUCAACAAACUUGAAUUGGAACACUAAUUAUAGUCCAUCUUUGUGUGUGUUGAGGUUCAACAGAGAAGGAUGAAAAACAUUAUGCAGUGGUGUGCUGCUGUAUGUUGAUGUGGGGCCCUUAAAAUUAUAAACUAAAUAGAUCCUAUAAAAUGCACCAGUGAAAAAUACACGCGUGAUCAGACUUUAUUUAAAUAUUUAUAUACUAAUAUUUAAACACAGUACUGUUUAUAUGUGACAAGUGAUUCUAGGAGAUAGUCUCUAUUGUGUAGCAGUCAUUGUUUUGAGGAUGUGUGAUUUCUUUAAACAGACAGUGCUGUAGAUUUACAGAAAUAGCUCAGCAUCAGCAAAUGACGUAUUAACACUCCGCUAUAAUCUACCAUAUUAUGACUUGCAUUGUCAGGUUUAUAGUUUUUUUUUUUAUUUAUUUAUUUUUUUUUUGUGGUAAUUUGAUAAUAUUCUAUUUCACUUUAUAAUUCCUUUAAUUUAUGUUCUUGUUUGCUAUUUCAGAGUUUUUCUUACCAAAGACAAACAAAACUUCUGAUAAUCAUAGACUUGGUUGUAAAUGUAAUGUUUAAAAAUAACAGAAGUGUGAGAAAUAUAUUCCUUAAACAUCAUGUAUAUAUUGACCCAGCUGUAAAGGGCGAUAAUGUUCAUAAUUAUCAUAAUGUAUGGUUCAUCUUCUUGCUCAGAUUUGACAUGACUGUACUGUGAGUAAUUUGUUUUGUAAUUGUAAAUUUAAUUUGUGUGAGCUUGUAUAAAAGAAAGAAAUGUUCAACUCUGCAUCGACUCGCUGUUAAUCUAACUGUGAUUCUUGAAUUCAUGCAAGAAUUAAAAUAACACAUUGUGACUAAACAC